UAUUUGUAGCUUUUUCCCCCAAAUGUGUGUGUGUGUGUGUGUGUGUGUGUGUGUGAGACUAAGGCAGAUGUUCCGACUGUACUGCUUUAUGCUGUAAUAAGAUGGUGUAUUGAGGAAAUGAAAAGGAGAAAUGUCUAGGAAUCCGCUUCAAAUUCUACUUUAAUGAAAGUUGAGUGCAGACACAACAGGCACUAUAAACAGGCGUUAAAGCUGAGUAUUACGUUAUUUUAGUUCAUCAGAACGUAUUUUGUUCAUCACAGGGUAGUAUGAAAUAUCAUUGAACCGGCGACUUUGGCCGGUUUAGAAAAAAAUGCGAGCCGUUGGGGAAUCGAAAGACUCGGCUCUUAUUGGUGAGCUGAGCCGAAUCGUCUGAUUCACUGAAACGAGUCGGAGUUCCCGUCACUAGUAAACAACGAACGAUGUCUAAGCUGAGGAGGCGGAUCCCGUACAGCUGAUUGGCUGAAGUCACCAGCGCGGAGGCGGGGCUUCAGAGAACGACAAGCGCAGGGAUUGGUCAGAGUCCCUAGAACGCUCGGUUUUUCCUGGAAAGUUCUUAGAAUGAUUUUACGAGAAGUUCCCAGGAAAGGCUUGUCGCUAUGCAGUGUUGAAGAUGAGUAAAUAAAUAAAUAAAAAUGGAAACACGCAUUAAAUUUUUCAAUAAACUAUUUAUGACUCAACAAACCCAACAUUGCAUCGGAACCUUAUGAAAUCGGGUAAAACUCGUUUGAUCCACGCGUGUGCUAAAAAAGGAGUCAUACCGGGAAUGACUGGGGGCGACUCAGAGAAAGUCACUGAUGGCGUCAGAGGCGCGGACACGCGCGCUGAUUCGGAGAAAAGUCGUUCCUGGAACCCAGGCGGAAUCAGCACGCCAAAGCCCCCAGUUGUUUCGGCUACAUACUUUUAAGCUGGUAACCGGCUGAAACACUACACAUUAGCGCGGAUCGUACCGGGUGCUGUUUCAGCCACAUCUCUGCUCCCGGGUUAUUCAUUUAUAACGUCGGCGGUUUUCACAAAGAGAGGCGCAGGGGGAAGGUGCUUAGAUCGCGGCUCGGGGGGGGAAGGUGUUUAGAUCGCGGCUCGGGGGGGAAGGUGUUUAGAUCGCGGCGACGCACCGAGUCUCAACAAGCAGAAGCUCAAGAGCAGCUGAGAAACUUUCCGAGACGGUUGAGGAACCUGACUGAAGCCCUCACUCAUACGAUGAUCCUCUGCGUUCAGGGUCCCAGAGCUCUGUUAGGAGACUCGCAGUCUCAGGUGGUUCCACUCGGGGUUUCAGUUGUCUCCUCCUCAUCAGCACGUUGUCUCCAGAGCACCCCCAAGUUCUGGGAAUCCAGCAAAGAACUGUGCACCAUCACCAGCAACUUCUGUUACCUCGAUGCUUCAGGGUGGUACUGGGGCACCAUCACAGCCAGUGAGGCCCAUUCACUCCUUGAGGCGGCCCCAGAGGGCACGUUCCUCAUUCGGGACAGCAGUCACCCCCUCUACAUGCUGACUCUGUCAGUCAAAACGGGACGCGGCCCUACUAAUGUGCGCAUUGAGUACAGUCACGGGCGCUUCCGGCUCGACUCGAGUUCACCAGCCCGAGCACAUCUGCUCUCUUUCCCUGAUGUGUUGAGUCUGGUUCAGCACUAUGCUACCUCAGCAAAGGGACGUGACAAGGCUCAGGAGGACAAGUGCGAUCCCAUAACUCCCCUGGUACCUAAGGAGUGUGCUGUGCUGCUCAAGCUGAAACGUCCACUCCGCCAGCCUCAGGCUUUUCCAUCCCUACAGCACCUUGCACGCUUGGCUAUUAAUAAGUACACAGCCUGCCCAGCGAUGCUGCCUUUACCAAAGCCAUUACUGCAGUACCUACAGGAGUACCCUUUCCAGCUCUGACAUCACCAUGGAAACACCAACUUGAACAUAAAAGAGGGCCCUGAUGUCAUUAAUGAAAAUGAUGCAGAUGAAAGCUCAUUUCCAGAGAAAUGGGGCUUUGGCUUACUAACCAAUGGUGGCUAUAUUUAAAGCUCUUGAACACUUUUCUCCUUUAGCAGUUAUGACUAAUUUUCUCCUAUGGGAUAAAUUAGAUUUCAGGUUCCCAAAUACAGACUAAACUGGAAAUUCACUGGAACUUAACAGAAUUGCAAAUGACAAAUAGAAAAGUCUGCAGCAGUUCAAUGUCAGCAUUGUAAUGAUGUUUAUAGGACAUGGUGUAACUAGUUUCAUUACCCCACAGACUUUUGGAUGAACUUUAAAAAACGACUUGGAAACUACUGUGGGUUUGAUUCUCCCUACAACAUAGACCCAAGGGUCAUAUCACUUAUUUACAGCGAUUGUUUGCUUAAACAAAAUGAAAGCUACAUAAUUUUCCCCAUGGCUUGCGCUAGAAGGCUAAUGUAGCUAAGUAAAAGACGCAUAUAGAGCUGUUUUAGCAAUGUUAAAACUCCAUGCGUAAAUCAUCACACACUUGCCUAAAACUAUGGUGUUAACUGAUAGAUUUGUAAUUUGUUUUAAAAAAAAAAUGUUAAAAAAGGUCAAAAAUGACAUUUUGAUGUCAAAGUCAGUAGAAGCAGCCAUUUUGAAGACAGAAUCACUUUCUUUCCUCAGAGAAUAUCACUCUGCACUACCAUCGGACUCCGACUAGCUACUUUAGCUAGCUACAGAGUGAACCGUAUACCAGGAUAUAGUCAAAAUAAACAAUGUUUACUUCAGGUUCACUGCUCAGAGGUAAAUUUUUAUAGAAAAAUGAUAGAACAGCAGAUUUAGAUGUGUUUUUAUAUAAUACUUUUUUUAUGGCUUGUGGUUGUGAUUACAAGCCAGUUUGCUAACGUAAACAUGAAAAUCCUGUAAAAAUGUUUAGAAUGAUUUAUUUUUUCUGAUUUUGCAUCCAAGAACACAAACGCAGCUAUUGUAGCAAGUUAACUUAGCGCAGCAAGUUAUUGUUUACAAUUAGCAAUAGGCUCAGAGUAUAGAUGUCACAUAAAGUUUGAAAACUGAUAUUAAUCGUUUUUCUUUUUCAUUUUGAAAAAAAAGUCAAUUUAUGAAACAAACUGCAAUUUUUUUUUUUAAAGGAACUGUUAAUGGUAUUGCUUGGUCAGAUGAUAUCCUCUAUGACAAGAGUGUGAUUAUUUUGAAGUUCUGUUCGCAAAGUGCUAAACUAGCAACUAGAAGUCUCCCUUACUUGUUGGCUACAAAACUCAAGGAGCAAACACCAGACUCCAAGCGUAAUUUGGCAGACUAACAACAAUUAAGGUUAGGGAAAAUGUGUAAAUUUCAUUUUUGGCCUGUUCUUUAAUUCUUAAUUUCUUAAAGAGACAAUCGAGGGUGAGAGGCUGCCAGCCUGCUUGCAACAUGGCAACUGGAUACACACCAACAUUAAGUCAAAGCCCUGUGUUGUCUCCCUUUCUUUCCUUUUUACUUUUUCUACACAAAGUUCGUUCUGGUACAUAUUACUAUAUAAUCAGUCCAGAAUAAUUUAUUUUUUUGUAUCCCCACAAUGUGGGAGUUUGUAUAUAUUUAUGGACAAGGAUCCUUUUUAUUUUAUAAUAAAAGAAAAAUACUGAACCAUUCAA